AUGGAAGGCUUCCAACCUGAUAACGGCUUCCAACAAGGAGGCUUUCAACAAGGAGGAUUCCAGCCCAGUUCUGAAAAGGGCUUUUCGUCCACUUCCGACCAAGUUCGUGUCCAAGGCUCCGAUAUCGCGGCUCUGCGUAAGGCAGUUGAUGCAGCCAAGGCGAGAAUUGAAGAGGCCGAUGAGUUGAUCAAAAAGCUCGAGUUCCUUCCGGUUUCUACAAAUGAUCCCGGCUUGUCUAACAAUGGAUUUUAG